GGUUAUGGAGGGGAAUCGUACUGAAAUUGGAGUCGGAAGAUACAGGGAGACGAGAAGAGGCGAUUGGAGUCAGCGGAUCUGAGGGAGUUGAGAAAGUAUCAUGCAGAGCAACAACACAGUAUCAACUUCAACAAAGCCAUCUUCCCUCUUUAAUCUCAUAGGCUGUCCUAUAGGCCGGUUGGGAUCAGACGAACAAUGGACGAGCAAGGUUCCGAUAACAUAAAGAAGUGGAUUGUGCUGUACCCGGUCUACAUAAAUUCCAAGAAGACCAUCGCCGAUGGCAGAAGAAUCGGUGCUCAAAAGGCUUGCGAGAAUCCUACCUGUAUUGAGAUUGCCGAUUGUUGCAAACACCUCAGUCUCCGCUACGCAAUUGAGCCUGAUAAAGCUUAUCCCCGGGAUUUCAUGCAAAGAGGGAGGGUGAGAGUGUUGCUGAAAAGGGAAGAUGGAACUCCCUACAAUCCUUCCAUUCCGACCCGAAAAGAACUAAUGCUCCGUGUGGCUGAGCUGGUUCCUCGACAUCCAGGAAGGACUAGGAAGCAGGAACCUGCAUCUACUUCAACUUCCGGAGCGUCCAAGUCUGAAAAGGGUAGAAAGAAGAAGAGGUAGUAGCUCGCUCAGAAGUCAUCUCUUUCACAGAGUAGGUCAUGAUAGAGCUGCUAUGAGUGUGAUGCCCCGGCAAAGUUAUCUGAGAAAUCAAUUGACUUACAGAUGUAUUUAGUUGGCUCUACAACCAGUGUACUUGGCACAUACUGAAAGAAACUUCUGAGCCACCCUCAGGGUAGAAACUUGGAGCUUAGUUUAAUUUGAACACCAGAUGAAGUUGUCUCCUGCUGCAGAGUUUUCCAUUUGCAGUAAUACUGUCCGGUUACGCCAAUGGUUAAUUAUUUUUUUCAUUGUUCAGAGUAUUUCAUCCACCUGCAUUGGUGAUGGUGGUUGCCCGGUAUAUGGUUCUUCUACAUCGUUUGUUUUCGGGUAUGCACUCCUAAUAAGAGCUCCAUAAAGUAAGGUUGAGCCACGUUUAAUCUUGUAUUCUUCCUUUACCUUACAUUUCACAGAGAUCACUCUCAUAAGAACUGGGAAAUGUUGGACAAAACUUUCUGGUAAGACCCAAAUAUUACAAUUUCCGGAAUAGGACAAUGGAGUCUUCCAUGAAAUACUACUAUCAGAUCCAAUUCAAAACGACCAAUGUAAGAGAGAUGUAAUAGCCCUAACCAAUAAAUUCAACUCAGGCCUUUUGGGUUGAGAAUCCAAGGAUGAAUUCCUUGAUCUCCUCACUAGCUCUAUCGAGGGCGGUCCUCCCAUCUACAUCCUUCACACUGUAAUUUGCUCCUGCUCUCAGUAGCUCUUCUAGUUUCGGCUUAUCGCCUUCAGAUGCAGCUAGCAUCAACAGUAUGUCCACUGGAUGGAUGUUCUGGCUCAAGAGUGCUUCCAUCUUGUCAUAUGACCUGUUCGACAUCGUCUCUGUCGAAAUCGUCACGGGCCUGGCUGCCAUAAAUCCCAGCUCCUUCAGCAUCAACGCCGUUCUUGCCGAACUUAAACCAGCACUUCACUCUCGAGCCGUUGGAGGGUCCGAUACUGCAGGGUCGGACCCGGUUUUGGAACCCCAGAAAGGAAGAAGUGAGCUUUGUAGCAGAGGACCGAGGAUGCGAAUGUCUGGAAGAGAAAUGGUGGAGGUGGGCGGUACUUGCACAUGGGAUUGAAGCCAUCUCUGCGGCUCUUUCUUUCUUGUGGUUCCCGGCUUCAACUUCUGCCUAUCCACUCAACAAUGGAAGGAAAAGUGUGUUAGCUCAUCGCUGGGAGCUGUACGAAAGAGAAAGGAUAGGAUGUGU